AUGGGGGGAGGGAUGGAAGUGAACAAGAACAAGUUCAUCGAGGAUUGGAAUGCUGGUCGCGAGAACCUUGAGUUCAAUUUCCGCUGGACCCGCCGCAACCUGGCCAUCGUAGGCAUCUUCGGGAUCGCCGUGCCCCUCCUUGUUUACAAGGGGAUCGUCAAGGAAUUCGUAAGAUUUUGAUUCUGAGCCAUCGCCUUCUGUUUUGGGUUAUCCCUGAACAGCAGAAGCGUUGCGCUGCGAUUAACGGGUGUGGGAUUUGCCAUUGCUUUUUCUCGAAACCCUAUUCUGAUGGCUGACGGGCCUAUUCGGUUUUCUCGCAGCACAUGCAAGACGAAGAUGCCGGAAGGCCGCUAAGGAAAUUCAUUUGA